AUGGCUGUACGGGACAGGGGUCGCCAGGGUUUACAUGGACACAAAGGCAUUAAAGGAGAACCUGUCUAUGGGGCUGGACAUCCGGGGGAGCAUGGUAGAGAUGGACAACGUGGUCUGGACGGAAGAAAAGGAGACAUUGGACCUAGUGGACACACUGGCCGUCGUGGCGAUAAUGGAUAUGAGGGUUUGGAUGGACUAAACGGUGUGAGAGGACCACCAGGUGACAACGGAGGAUCUCUGGCAGGAGCUGAAGGUGACUCUGGGGAACAAGGCCCACCUGGCCCACCUGGCCCGGACGGAGAAGAAGAAUCCAAACAAUUUCCUCUAGAAAUUCUUCCAGCCAAAGGUUACAAGGGAGAGCAAGGUCCUUCUGGACCAUGUGGACCAAAGGGCAUAAGAGGUCUUUCAGGAUUGCCUGCUAGAGAUGGACUUCCCGGACCUGAGGGUGUCCAUGGAGAGAAAGGAUUUCCAGGACUCAUUGGAAGGAAUGGAACAAAGGGUAACCAAGGAGAUCCAGGUCGCCCAGGUCACCCAGGUCUCCUGCAAUUGCCCAAUGGAAGUGAUGCCAGAGGUGUUAAAGGUGACAAUGGGAGUCCUGGAUUAGCUGGACACCCAGGUGACCCUGGGCAUAUGGGCAUGCAUGGACCUCCUGGCCCACCAGGGUUAACAAUACCAGAAGUGCCUGGGCUGCCUGGUCAACGAGGGAUCCUCGGUCCCAAGGGGUACAAGGGAGAGCCAGGAAGGUAUAGCAACUAUGAUAAUCCAUAUCCGGGACCAAAGGGAGUUAAAGGACUCCUCGGGCAUAAAGGUGUCACAGGCUCCCCGGGGCCUCCAGAUUACUACUGUGAGCCUGGUUACCCAGGGGACCCAGGUGAUCCAGGCCAUUAUGGCCCCGGUGGAAACAAAGGACUCAAAGGAAUUAAAGGUUGUCUAGGGGAAUGUAACUGUAGGUCUGGAGGAGUAGGAAGAGAAGGUCCCAACGGCCCAACUGGUUUUCCAGGUUAUCCAGGGAUUCCUGGAACUCAAGGACUUAAGGGAGACCCUGGGCUAAAAGGACAUGACAGUCCAAGAGGACCAGAAUUGCCAAGGGUGACCUGGGAGACCCUGGCCAUUCUGGUCCUCCUGGAGCAUCAGGUGGAUCAGGAAGGGAUGCCCCCCCUGGCCCUGCAGGGGACCCUGGAACACCAGGUGCUGGAUUUGCAGUGUUACCUGGUCCCAAAGGGUACCCUGGUGCUGCUGGACCCAAAGGGUUUCACGGUCCUAUUGGCCCGCCCGGUCCUGGUUUUCCAGGCCCUAAGGGGCUCCAUGGACCUAAGGGUUAUCAGGGAAGUCAUGGCCUCUCAGGAAUUCCUGGACGACCAGGCCCUCCAGGUGAAAAUGGGUUAUGCUGUCAUGAUUAUGAGAUUGGACUACCGGGUCCUGAUGGUGAACCAGGAUCACCGGGCACAUUUUCUUUGGCUCUUUGUAGGUAUUCCAGGUGAGCCAGGAAGAGUUGGUCUUACAGGAACUCUGGGACACCCAGGCCCGAAAGGCAUGAAAGGAGAUGACACUAUUACUGGUGGGAUUGGACGGAUAGGACUUCAAGGUUUAGAUGGGGAUCCAGGUGAACCUGGUUCCAGCGUAAUUAGCCUGGUUGGCCCUCCAGGCACUCCUGGGUUUCGCGGGCAUCCAGGCAGGAAAGGUGAGCCAGGAGAUGUUUUCUCUGCCAGGCCAUAUGAUACUGGACCACCUGGCCUCCCUGGGCUUCUGGGGAAGAAAGGACUACGGGGCAUUCCUGGAAUCCCAGGGCCUCCAGGGGAACAAGGCCUGCCUGCAUCACCUGGUUGGAAAGGAGAGCCAGGAUCCAGUGGUGACCCUGGGGCCACUGGUCCCCGAGGUCCACCUUGCACUGCAUUUGAACUGAAUGGACCUCCAGGCCCUCCAGGCCCUACAGGAGACACUGGACAGAGGGGGAUACCAGGCUUCCCUGGUCAGAAGGGUUUGGAGGGAGACAUAGGUCCACCUGGUCAUGGACUGAGGGGUCCAAAAGGUUUCCCUGGCCUUCCUGGAUUGUCAGUGGUUGGACCAACAGGCCCUCAUGGCCUCUCAGGAGAGCCUGGGGCUGACGGCUGGCCAGGACAGAAAGGGGAAAGUGGGUACCCAGGCAAGCCUGUGUCCAUAGGUUUUCCAGGCCUUCCUGGACCUGCUGGGGCCAGUGGUAAACAAGGAGAGAGAGGCUUUACCGGUCACACAGGGGACCCUGGAUACCCAGGACAGCCUGGUGUACGUGGUUUACCAGGAUUACCAGGACCAUCGAUUCUGAAUGCUCAAAGGGCCCGAGGGGACCACCAGGGGAUUCGGGGUCAGAUGGAUUGCCUAGUUCUCCAGGGUUUAGAGGCAGCACCGGUGCUCCAGGUAGAGCAGGAAGAACAGGGUCUCCAGGAUCCCCUGGAAUCAAAGGGUUCCCUGGUCCAAGGGGAUAUGCUGGACACCUUGGAGAUACGGGAUAUCAAGGGCCUUUUGGACCAUCGGGUAUCUCAGGGUUACCAGGGUUUCCAGGUGCCAAAGGUGACCCAGGACUCUCUUAUGGACAACCUGGUCCACCUGGACUCAAAGGGAUGCGAGGGGAUGAUGGACAGAGUGGUGAGUACAGAAAAUACCACACGCUGGUGGGCAGCAAGGAUGCCCCCAGUAGGGAUUCCAGGAGAUCCAGGAGACCCAGGACCCCGGGGAAGGUCAGGACAACAAGGACCACCCGGCAUUAAUGCGGAGCAGGGAAGAAUAGGAGGACCAGGCUUCCCCGGGCCUCGUGGCUCUUCAGGUCGUCCAGGUAUUCCAGGUCUGCCAGGCGAUCAUGGAGGUCUGGGACCACCUGGCCCACCUGGCCCAUAUGGGUAUCCAGGGACCCCUGGACCACCAGGUCUUGAUGGACUGGAUGGGCUUAGAGGUCCAAAAGGGAUACAAGGCGAGAGUGCCAUAGGUUUCCCUGGCCCUCCUGGACCAGAUGGUCUUCUUGGAGUCAAAGGUGUCAGGGGACAGCAAGGGUCUCCAGGAGCCAGUUUUCCUGGGCCUAAAGGCCAGAGAGGCCCGUCUGGCUUCACAGGUAUUCCAGGCUCCCCAGGUGAACUUGGGAACCCUGGCAUAGAGUGCUUAAGGCCUCCACCAGGACCCUACGGGGACAUAGGAUAUAAAGGACCCCCAGGACCCCCUGGCCCUCCUGGGGAGCCGGGCCUUCCAGGCAGCAUCAUUCACUCCAAAGGAGACCCAGGUCCAACCGGCCUCCCUGGGUUACCAGGCCGCAAGGGCGAUCGUGGCCCCUCAGGGCCUCCUGGGUCACAGGGCUACCCAGGGGUUACAGGGCCAAUAGGUGAGAGAGGACCUGCUAGUCUCGAAGGUCCUCCAGGCCCCAAGGGUCAGACCGGGGUCCCUGGGCCUUGGGGACGGAAGGGAGCAACUGGCCCAACCGGGGCAACAGGUGCCAAAGGUGCUCCUGGUGGGACUAUCAGAAUCGACCAAGGUGGAACUCCAUCUGGACUCCUGGGACCGCGUGGAUUCCCAGGAUUUGUGGGAUAUCCCGGUGAUGAAGGUCCUCCUGGGACGCCAGGACGUAAAGGACUGAAGGGUCCUGUAGGGUAUGUUGGCCUCCUUGGCAAACCAGGUCCUGCUGGUCGUGAUGGUCCUGUUGGAGACCCAGGAGAUGUUGGUCAGCAAGGAUUUACUGGACCUCAAGGUAUCCCAGGUACACCCGGUGAUCAAGGUAAUCCAGGCCAUAGAGGGGCGCUGAGGUCAGGCUACCUUUUGGUUGUCCACAGUCAGUCAGUUCAGGUGCCACGGUGCCCUGAAGGCAGCAGCCCGCUUUGGGUCGGCUACAGUCUGGUCUACUUGGAGGGGCAAGAGAAGGCUCACACUCAAGACCUGGGCCAGGCUGGCUCCUGUCUCCGUGUUUUCUCCACCAUGCCUUUCUCCUACUGCAACAAAGCUGCCUGCGACUACUCCAGUCGCAACGACAAAUCCUAUUGGCUCUCCACCACCGCUCCCAUACCCAUGAUGCCCCUCUUCGGCCAGGAGAUUAGCUCCCACAUCAGUCGCUGUGCGGUGUGUGAGACUAUUGCGCCUGCAGUGGCUUUUCACAGCCAGGAUCACAACGUCCCCUCAUGCCCACGUGGCUGGAGGAGCCUGUGGACGGGAUACUCUUUCCUCCAUCACACAGGGGCCGGUGAUGAGGGUGGUGGCCAGUCUCUUUCUUCCUCUGGCAGCUGCCUUAAGGAUUUCCGAACUCACCCCUUCAUAGAGUGCCAGGGUGCGCGCGGGUCCUGUCACUACUUUGCCAACCUCUACAGUUUUUGGCUGACUACUGUUAGUCCAACAGAACAGUUUAUCACCCAGAGGCCUGGCACCAUCAAGGCGGCGGACCAACAGCGGCGCAAGUCCAGUCAGUGUCACGUCUGCCUCAGAGCAGAGUAAAGGAAUUCUUCACUUUAACAUUAAUAAUACAAACCAUUUCACUGUCAAAAUAAAAUACUGAUUACAAUUGAGACUUUUAGAUAGAUUUCUAUUUGAUUAAUUCUAGUUACAAAUAAUCCGUAAUUGUAUCUGUAUAUUUUUUUAUAUGUUGUUGCUGUAAAUGUAUUCAUUUAUUUUUAUUUUAGGAGGUGCUAUUUCUAAUGAUGAAAAUGUUUGAUACUGCUGAUUUAACUGAUAUUUUGUGUUGGGAAAAUACUGAGUGUACUCUUCCAAUAUCAGAGUAGCACAUGAUAACAAAGGCCCAACUGUAGCUGU